AUGGCUCCUAAAGGUGAUGUUUCGAAGAAGACUGAUCCAAAGGCACAGGCCUUGAAAGCUGCUAAAGCAGUGAAGUCAGGAACUGCCAUCAAGAAGAAGGCAAAGAAGAUCAGGACAACUGUUACAUUCCAUAGGCCUAAGACUUUGACGAAGGAGAGGACCCCGAAGUACCCUCGCAUAAGUGCUACACCUAGAAAUAAGCUUGAUCAUUAUCAGAUUCUGAAGUUUCCACUCACUACUGAGUCUGCAAUGAAGAAGAUUGAAGACAAUAACACUUUGGUUUUCAUUGUUGACUUGCGCGCCGACAAAAAGAAAAUCAAGGAUGCCGUGAAGAAAAUGUAUGACAUCCAGGCCAAGAAAGUUAACACCUUGAUCAGGCCGGAUGGCACCAAGAAGGCGUAUGUUAGGUUGACACCUGAUUAUGAUGCUUUGGAUGUAGCAAACAAGAUUGGUAUUAUUUAA